AUGGCUUCCCGCUAUUGGGGAGACGAAAAGCACAGCGACGCUGUUUAUGCUGUUUACCUUCGCAAAGUUCGAUAUGUUCCGCCGCAAGGUUAUGAAGGGGCUCCGGUGAGAAAUUAUUCUUUUUUCUGUUCACGUUCACUUCCAGAAAAUGCCACAAAAUUUAUCUGAAGAGAUAUAAGAGGUUAUUUUGAAACGUAAAAAAAUCAUUCCGAAAAAAAGCUAAUUACUUUUUCACAGUGUUGGUUUCUGGGUCUUCAAAAUUUAACCCUUGUUUAAUUUCUUUAUUUUUAAUUCAAAUUUAAACAUUUUAGAAAAGUUUUUGCAAGCGGUCGAGAAGAUUUUAGAUUAUUCUGAAAUAUAGUUUCAAAUAAUAAUUUAAUAAUGAGAAGAAAAAUAAAAAAAGUGAGAGCUCAUAAAAAAAAAUAGUUUUUCGAAUUUUUCGUACCCCAACUAAAAAAAUUAGAACACUCCAUAAAAAUCUAAUUUAUUCAGUUAUUCUUUUUUUCAAGUUCAUUCAAGUACUUUGCUUGAGAAUAUUCAAAAGUAUUUUUUUGAUUAUUAUUUGUCUAGCAAUAGACUCUUAAAUUCAUUUUGAAUAGAACUUUUUUUCAUUUUUUUAUUCUUGACUUCUCAAUUUUUUUCAGUAGAAUUUUUUUCGAAGAAGCCUUGAAAAAUAGGGGUUUCAUUUUAAAAAUCUAUUUAUUAACUUAGAAAAGUAAAAAGUGGUCCUUAUAGGGGUCUUUUUGGGGGCCCUUGGAGGGUCUUCUUUAGGGACCACUUAACCAGAUCCCAUAGGAAUCUCUAACGCUGGGAAAAGUGGUCCCUUUUGGGGUUUCAGAUAACGGCUAGGCGAUAAUUUUUAUGAACUUUAUGCAAAGAAGCAUUUCCAUGCAAAAAACUGAAUGAAAAAGCGAUUUUCGAAUGAAAUUAGAAGAAACCCUAUAGAGAUCACUUUAUCGGUCCCCAUCUCUUAUAGAAAAAUCUAGGGGCUCAUUUUCUUUUGAAAAAAAUAUUUGUUUUUAGUUCUGAUUAUUCAAAUUAAUUGUAAAAAAACGUUCUUUUUAAAAAUCUUGGGUUUUUUUCAAAAAAACAAAAAGAAGUGGAUGAAAAGUAUUUUUGAAAUUAUUUUUUUGUCAUAUCUAUUAUAGAAAAAAAUUUGCUCAAUUUUUUUGUACAAUACUCUGAAAUUUUGUCAUUUGCUUUUUUUAAUUUUUUUAUUUGCCUUGUUUCCAUCGCUCUCUAAGAUUUCUGUUAGCCGAAAUUUUGAAAUUUUAUAAAUUAUAUUACUGAUAAAGCUACUUGAAAGUUAAGGAGUUACUUAGUCACUUUUCAGAAAACUUUGUAUCGAUAAAAAAAAACGAUAAGCUGAUGAAGCUACUGGAAAGUUUAAGAAUUUCCUAGUCACUUUUCAGAAAAACUUUAUAACGAUAAGCCAAAAAUCUGCACCACCAAAUGAGAAAAAUUGGAGCACAUGCAUAAUUUCUAAGCUAUUCGUACUGUACGACCGGAGAGACCUGUCCAGUAUGACGCUUAUCAAACAGCGAAACCGCCAUCAAGCAAAAGGGCCCCUGUAAUAUAUGUAUUUGAUAUGCACGUGUGCGGCACCAGAGAGAAACACAGGCGUCCCAGGGCGUGUGUCUCAAUUUCGAACCCAACCGCGGCUUAAUCUCUCCGGUUUACGUGCAAGCUGGUUGCGCGCCAUUCGCUGAUCCGCCAUCCCACCUUUUAGCCCUGCCGCCCUUUUUUCUCAUGUACACCUUGUAAGCUUGUAAUCUUCAAUUCCGAACUGAACCAUGAGAACUGGACCGACUCACCGCGUGCACAUCCAUCUCACUGUGAGUUCCAAACCAACCACACGUCUUAUCGGUGUCGCUUGCCAAAAGGUCUCUGCAAAACAGCAAAAAAGACACGCGGAAGGAAAGCCGACUGUCCACUUUCUCUUUUUGUCAGUUGCUUCUUUUUUUGACAGCUAUUAGUGGUUCCUGCUUUUUUGACUCUAUAAAGCUUACAAAGCGGUAAAAAAAACAGUACUUUCAAAAAAGAUACUAAAAACGGAGUUCCGGUUACAACUUUCUUGUGAAGAAUUUAAUCUUUCUGGAACUUUCUUUUAUUUUUAACAUUAUUAUAAAGUUUCAGUUCACAGAAAAAAAACGCAGCUACGAAAGUUUUCAGGAAGUUUGAAUUCUUUGAAAAAAAGUCGGGUUUUCUGUAUCUUUUCUGACGAUUCUGUGUCAAAAAUUCAAAAAACUCAAAAAAGGUUUACCUGAAAUCGACUUACCACGCUCCCUAUAUAUCAAAUGAUCCUUUUUUGCUUGUUUUUAGUUAAUUUUGUAACUUUUGACAGGUAAAAAAAGCCUUAAAAGUAUAUUCAUAAAAAAAGCAAAAGUGAAAAAAGUUAACCCGAACUUACCUGUCCACUUUUUUGUCAACUUUUAAUCAUUUUCUUUAAUUUUUGAUAUAUUCGAAACUAUUCAAAAUUAUUCCCCUUUGAAAUAAAUGAACAAAAAAAAUCUACUUAAGUUUCACUGGAUUUUAGCAAACGGGCUGAAGAAUGAAAAUUUCGAUAUUUCAUUUUUUUUUUUUCUCUUCUCACUUUGUUUAUUUUUUUAUCCAUUAUGUUAGGCAUUAUUACCACAUGUACACAGUUUAUAUUUUCAAAAUUAAAAAUUCUCAUUCUCAUCGGAAAAAAAUUAGCUUUCAAAAUGGAAGCGGAACAGCUAUUCCAAAAAAAUUUCUGAGCGAGACUCGCAGAAAAAAAUAAAAAAAUAGUUUGUCUAAGAAAAAUACUUCAAUUUUAAGUCGGUCUAAAAAAAUUUCAAUUUUUUUAGAAAAAAAUGAAAAAAAGAAAGCUCUAUCAAGUAGGAAAUUUAUAAAAAAAGUUUUCAAUAAGAUUUAAUUUUUCUGAGCUUUUUCAAAAAACUAAUAAAGCGCUUUCAUAUUUCAAAUUUUUGAUGCUUGCUCAAAAAUUUGUCAUAAAUUUUCAACAAAUGCCAAACACCAUGAAAAAGUUUUUUAGAACAUAUACCCGUUUCAUCAUGUUUUCCCAAAGAAAUAUACAUAUUGACAAUCUGUAAACUGAUAAUAUUUGCAAAGCAACAAAAAUAAACUGAUCCGAGAUAAAAAAAACCAACUGGCUUCCAAAGACGCGGCUGUCAAGGCAGAAAAAAACUUCCCAACAAGUUUAUUAUUUGUUUACUUCGUCACUCAAACUUUCCAUUGCGCUUUAGUCAAAUACUCGCGCACAAUACCUCUGUAAUCCCGGCAAAUUCCAGUCAAUUAGGUAUUUUCGUCCGCCCACCCCGUCUGAAAGUCAGUAUUUGCCCAUUUGCGGCGCCAAAACUUUUUUUUAAGUUCGAAGUUUUUUAUUGAAAUUUAAACAUUUUGCGGUUUCAGAUGAGACUUAUUAGGUAAUUUACUAAUAAUUUCAUGAAAUUAAAUAAGGAAAACAGUACACACUGGCAAAAUGUUCCUACAGAUGACGUGUUGGAAUAAAUAUUUAUAUUUCUUCCGAUUCCGAUGUUUUGAGUUUCUCCGCCGUCAUAUAAAAUGUUCAACGUUUUGCAAGAAAAAAAAACGUACAGCAGCUUUUUAUGUUCGAAACCAUGCAGUUACCCAUUUUUAGUAAGAGAGCACUUCUGAGACGGCUGCAUGAUGUGAGUUUUUUUGUUUUGGAAAGAACUUUCUUUUAUUUGAUUUUUUUGAGAUUUUUUUAAUAAUUAAUUCAAAAAGAUUCAAGGCAAUUUGAUUGAAAAGUUCUGAUUCCUUACAAAUAGUUCCAAAAACAGUUGUGAACACUUUUUUUUGCUUGGAAUUAUCAUCACUUCGCCUAAAAAAAUAUUAAACUGUUUUUCAAUAAUCGCUUUUUUUCCUUCCAUUAUUAUUCUCGUUUUUUUCAUCAUGAUCCCAUAAUAGAAGCUAAAAAAAGACUUAUAUUUUUUUAUCCUUUUCAGAAAAUAUAAAGUAUUCUGCUUUAUUCAAUUACAAAAAAAUAAAGUCAGAGGAUAUUCCUUUAAAAAAAUUAUUUCUUAGUUUUUUUGAGCUCACAGGGAAGUUCAUUUAACUUUGCGGCUGGGAAUUCUCUGAAAAAUGACGACCAGAACACAUCUUGAUGUAACAGAUAAAGAUCCUGGGAGUCUCAACCUUUACAACUUCCUAGUUGUCAAGAAAUAAAAAGCUUUAAGCUCCAAAAUAAUCUAUUUUUAUAAGUUUUUGGGGUUUUGAGGCGUCUUUUUUUCCAAAAAAACUAGGCAAUUGUGCAAGUUAACUCUUUCAGAAUAUUCUUCUGGCACAUCGAAGAUCAAUUUUUAGAAGAAUCCCAAUCACAGAGUAAAAUGACCUCCCUUGUCAGUUGUAUCGCUGCUCAAAAUUUUAAAAAACUCGGUUUUUAAAUCAGCCCGGUUUUAUUUUUUUUGGAAAAAAAGAUGACAGAAACAAAUUUUUUCUUGUCAUGAUCCACACAACAGAUAAUCUCCGUUAAGAUAGGAAAUUCUUAAUUUUGAGCCAUGUUGAUUGUUUAUUUCGGGAGGCAAGUGACUGCUGCGAAACGGAUCAAUGAGCCGUCGGAACAGAAACCUAGAGAUAUUAAGCGUUUGUGCACACGGGCAGCCAGCCAUCCGACGGGAACCGGGAUUGAAAUCGAAACCCAACCAGCAGUUUUUUUGUUGUCUUUUUUCCUCGUUCUUCCGUUUCCCUUUCUGUGAGACUUGAUGCCGAGAAUGGUGAUUCAGACCGUUGAACGUUUAAACGGCACUAGGCUUUUGCGCCAUAUAUUCAUAUUACUUUUCUGUUUCGUUCGGUUUUUAUCAUGAUCAACUUUUUUUUAAGUAAAAACCUCGGGUCAUUUUUUUAACGCAGAAAAAUUUUUUUCACGUUUCUUUGAAGAUUCUUGAUUAGGUGUGGGAUGAAUCUCAGUUGAUUUCAGAUAGCUUGAAAAAAACUACGAAUACAUUUGAAUUUCUUUUUUUUACUUAACGUGAAAAAGUUAAACCUUUUUGUAGAUCAGCAUUGGAAAAAUUGAUAGAUCCCUUUUUAUUUCUAGUUUUUUUCUCUUUCUUUCUACAGAAUCUAGAACUUUUUUCUCAAUUUUUUAAAAAUUCAAUCAAAAAGCAGGAAUUUUUUGAAUUUUUUACAUGAAAAAAACUUCCCAGAGACUAUGAAAAAAAUGAAAAAAAUAGUCUGAUUGAAAAAAAUCAUUGGUUUAGAAUCAUAAAGGCCCAUUUGAUUCUAGUAACUUUUCUUGAACCAAUAUCUCCAUUGCAGACAAAAAUCAGUAACUUAUGAAACUUAUCAAAAAUUUCUGAAAUCAACAUGUAUUGUAUUUUUCCAGGUCAUUUUUACCAAGAACUGAAAAAAAUAUUUCGGUCAAAAAAACUGAAUAUUAAAACAAAAAAACACUUGAAAAAAAUAUUCAAAGUAUCAGGUUUUUUUGAAAAACUGAACUUUUUGAUGACCUUUUAAAGAUGCGUGCCAUUUGCAGAGAUACCGCGCCAUCGAUCCCGACAGGCCGCAGGAAGAGGCGGCGGAGAUGGCGGCCGACCAUCUCGAAUGGGAAUCCGUCAAGGAACGAGUCAUCAAGGCCGGAACCAUCGAAAGGCUUGUGGUUCGUUUCAUUUCGGCUUUGAAACAUGUUGUUUUCACACUUUAUAAGAGUUGAUGGAUUAUCGAGGUUAUGAGUUAUGAGUUAUUUUGAAAACUCAAAAUAUUGUCGCAUUUGAGGAAAAAAAUUACAAAAAAAGAUCAAAAAAACAAGUUAAAUUGUAAUUUUGCCCAAAGUUCACUACUUCAAGUGCAAAAAAAUCCAUAAUAAUCAAGAGGAAAAACUCAUGAAAUAACAAAUUCAUCUAUAAUUUCAUUAGGUUUUGGAGAUCCUUUUUAAAAAAUCAAAAAAAUUAUAUGAAAGUUCAUUAUCUUCAGAAAUUUCUUAAAAAAAUAAAAAAAUUAAGGAGUGCUUGGUUGGCGGAGACGACAUGAUGGAUUCCCGACAUUUCAACGUUUUUCUUCGCCACCUAUCGCGCUUUCACGGAUCCUCCUCACGUCCUCGAUUGGUAUUCCUUCUAUUUCUUGAGCUUUUUUAAUUUCUUUUUUUCAGUUUACUCCGACGUUAUGAGUCACUUGAGAACGAGGUUAAUGGUAGUACAGCCGCCCUUUUAGUACAAAAGUAAGUUUUUUUCGUACUAUAUUAGUAAACUUUUUUUUUAACCGUGACGCAUUUGAGAUCAAUUAUCAAACAAAAAAAGGCUUGUAUUAAAAAAAUUUUUUUUGGAAAUUUUAUGCUUUUCUAAAUGUGAAACGCGUGUGAAUCGAGCGUUAUAAAAAAAUUUUGAUUUUUUUCUCUGUUUUUCUCAAUUUUCUAGCGUUUUCAAAAAAAUUGCAAGAGAAUUCUGAAAAACAAAUUUUUUUAAACAAACGUCAAUCGUCAUUACAAAAAAAGAUUUGCUAUAAUUUUCCAACCAAAAAAAGUAUUAAUUUUACCUGAAACCGUAAAUGUAGUUAUUCUUGAAUUUUUAUUUUUUUUCCAGCUCGAUCCGUCAGAUCGUGACUUGUUGGCUGGAAACCUAUCCCGAAGAUUUCUACGAUCCUGAACGGGAAUUCGCCAUGCUCACCAAUCUUCUCGAUUUCGGCGCCAGAAACAAACUGACCGAGCUCCGAGCAAAAGUUCGCAAACAGAGAGAACGAUUCAAAAGGAUUCUCCAAGACGGGGGCAUGAUUGGUCUGUCAAAAAAGUUUUUUUUUUUCAAUUAAUAAAAUAUUUCAGCCUCACUGCCUUCGCUUGGAAAAUACGUGGCCAGCAUGGGAUUCGAUCCAAUGGAUUAUCCUAAAAACAUCAAAGAAAGGUAUUCAAUGCUUUUCAUAAGAAUUUUAAAAAUUAUUUCUGUUUAGGGUGAAAAUGUUCGAUGUCGGGAAGGAAAACUGCGUACAGAUAGCUGAACAACUGACCUUUUGGGAUGCUGUCAGUUUUUAUGAGCUUUCAAAUGAUUUUUUUGUGAAUAAAUAGUGGGAUCGUUCUGAAAAAUCGAAGAAAUUUCAAAUUUCCAAUCAAUGUAUAGCUUAACGUUCAGCAGAAACAUCAAUAAAUAUUGUUUCUAUCGAGUUUUUCUGCAAAAAAGGACAGUAUCAAUGAAAAAAUUAAUUUUUCUUCCAAUGUUUGACCCUUUUCAGGCCUUGUUCAAAGAGCUGCUUAUCCAUCAAUGUCAAGGCUGCGUUUGGUCCAAAAGACGUACGGCCGCGGAAAGAGUUUACACUGUGAAAGCCACGAUUGACCAGGUUCGUUCCAGAUUAUACAGCCUUUUAUUUUCAAAUAUCGAUUUCCAGUUCAACGCCGUUUCACAGCGUGUCAUGACGAGUAUUGUGCUACCGGAUUGUCGGCCAGAAUACCGGGCCAAAAAUCAUCAGCAAGUGGAUUGAUAUUGCGAGAGUGAGAAUAUUUGUCAAUAAUUCAUUUUUUUAUAAAAAAAUAAUACAGGAACUGAGAGCUUUGAAGAACUUUUUCGUCGUUAAAAGCCGUUCUGUCCAGCCUUCAAUCUGAGCCUGUUCAUCGUCUAAAGCCUGCUUGGAAUCUGGUAUCGAGGUGAACUUUCAAGGACAGUUUUUUCUUUACCAAAACAGCUCAUAUUCUCAUUUUUACAUUAUUAGAAUUUUUCCCGUAUAGUAGUGUUUCCAAUAAAAACUAAUUUUUCAGCCGAUCAAUGGCGCAGUUCCGAGAACUGUCCUCGAUCUACGAGAUGGACGAAGAUGGAGAUCAAGGAACCGCAAGAAAGAUUUUGGAACAAGUUUAUUUGAAAAACUAGGAUCCCUUUGAAAUUUCUGUUUGAAGGAAGGAACCGCAAAAAGUUCUCCUUUGAGAAGGCCGCAGCUGAUCCAAAACUGUCGAAGAACUAAAAGCGACGUGAAUUUGGCCGAAUGUCAAGGGACUGUGCCCUACUUGGGCAACUUCUUGACCGACUUGGCGAUGAUCGACCAAAGCACUUCAGACAUGACGCCAGGUACUUUCCUUCUGAUUUCCCUUCUGAGGGAUUUAUGAUUCCAGAAAAUCUGAUCAAUUUUGAAAAGCGCCGGAAAGAGUUUGAAGUUCUGGCAAAACUGAGGCUUUUCCAAUCAGCCGCUCGAGCGUACAACAUUCCGAUGGACCGAAUGUUUUGCGCUUGGUUCUUCUUCCUGCCCUGUCUUUCCGAGAAUGAAUGGUAUUUUCCCCUCAUUUUCGUGAAGAAUGUUUUUUUUCCAGUUUCAAUCGUUCACUGGAAAUUGAAAAGCCUAGUAUUGCCACUCCGGAUCUGACAACAUCGAGGCUAAAUAGUAGCUUAAUGAGCAACGGGAGUUCUGGUGGCCUAGUCAAAAAGUGAGUAGGAUUAGCAAGAUUCGAGAAUAAUGAUGAAAUGUUUUUGAAGUUCUACGCUGUCUCGUCUAUUCAAUUCUAAUCGUACAUCGGAAGACGCAGCCAGUAAUAAUGGCAGUACAAACCAAAAUUGGCAUCACCAUACAAAUUCCUAUUCGUCUUCAACUAAUUCUCACGUGCCUACAAAUACAGGUGAUUUAUAUAUUCUUUUUUUAAAUAAUUCAAUUUCAGGAAGCUCAUCAAACAUCUCACCCUCCGAAGUCACGCAGUCGGAUAUCCCGCAAAUGUCCCGAGAAGGCGAAAUGCAGGGAGAAGAUUGGAUCGACGGAAGGUUGAAUGGAGGCCCACCAGGACCAGUGAGUAUUUGAGUUUUUCAAGUUUUUCAACCUUGUGAAGUUUUGAUAAUUCUAGAACAGUUUUGUGUGAAUUUUACAGUUUUUUCCGUCAACAUAUCAAAAAAAACUUGUACUGGAAGAGUUCAACCAAAUUGUCCUAUAAUAUCAUCAAAAAACGCAAAAGAAUCUUUAUGAAGGUACCUCUUUCUGGAACUGCAAGUUUGCCAAGAAUACCCUCGACUGCCAACACUUCCAACUCUUGGAAAGGAGGUACAUUUUUUUCCAUUUGGGAUUUUUUUCACGGUUACGAAAUUAGGAUGUGAAUUCACGCCAUCGACCAUUUUCCCGCAUUCACACAAUAGAGCUCACAGCGGUGAUUCUUCAAUGCAAGAGGUCCACGCUUCGAUAUCAAGGAAUAGUGUUGACACAACGGUUUGUGACGUUUUCUUACGAACAUUAGAAAUUGUACUAACUUGGGGAAUGCGCAAAAAAGAUCAUUUUGAAUGGAGCAAUCGCAGAUUUUAUCAUCUUACUUUCUUUCAUGUUAUCUUUUGCUAAAAUCCGUAAGGAUAAACAAAAGUAAGAGAAAGCAAGAAGAUUUUUUAUAACCCUACGCGAAAGUCAGUUCGAGUAAAACCGGGGCUUCUGAAGUUGAGUUUAUUUUGAUCAGCGUAGGUAUGUGUUAAAAUGGAUAAUUUAUUUUUCAAUAGUUUCUGUCCAAAAAUAGCGGUAAAUGAAGUGUUUCAUUAUCAAAUAUUGACUAUACUUACUGCGCGAAUUUUGAAAAUAUUAGAAUUAAAGGAAAAAAAAAUUCAUGAUUUCGUUAAUUUCUGCGUGUGACUUUGACAAUUUAGAGUUCUGAUCGGAAAAUAUUUUUCAGAGUGGAACGCAGUCGCUCUCCAGAAGUGAUACUCCUAUUCGCAACAGAUUGAACGACGUUUUCGAUUCCAAACUUUACAUCCAUCAGAAAAAAGACAGCGACGUUAGUUUAAAGGAAUUCCUCACCAUGCAUCUUUCUCCCAGGCGUCUACUUGUUCUUCUUCGUCGUCUCUUUCUGCAAACGGCCUUGCCCAAACUCAAAAGUCUUUUUAUUUGGCGAGAGUUGGGUUGGACGACGAACUUCAAAGUACCGAUGGGGCGAAUUAUAAAUGCAUCAAGGUUUUUUUUCAGCGCAUUUUAUAAAUAUGUUGAAUUUUGAGAUUGAAAACGGAGACAGGAUGCCGCAACUAAUCGCAAGGGCUCUAGAGAAGCAUCUCAUUGAGGAGGACCGCAACCGUUUUCUUCUUGUCCAGCUUCUUCCCCGUGGAGGUCAUUUUUUUUGUUUCUUUUUUCCAAUUUUCGAGCACCCUUUAUAGGUCUUUUUUGAAUUUCGCUCAGCACUCUAAAACUCAUACCAUUUCAGGUGAAUUCGUCUUGCCGGACAACUGCAACCCUUUCUAUGCAAUGGCACCCGAUCCAACUUCGCCAAUGCUAAAUUUAAUACUAAGGUGAGAAAUGAUGAAAAUCUGAGGAAGUUCAGAGUGGUCACUAUAGGGGUUAGGGCAAAAAACAACUGUUAUAAGGGCCGAAAAAUUGGUCCCCGUAGGAUUAAAGUUAAGGGGGUUCCUGUAGGGGUUUAGGGUCUGACCCUUUAAACUCUAAAGCUCAAGUGGACCCCAUAGGGGUCUUUCUAUUUUAUUCAAAAAAAACGCUUAUAGGUGCCACCUUCAGGGACCACUAUCGCUGCCCCUUCAGGGACCACUCUGGAUUUCCUAAGAAGAAAACAUUCUGUUCAAUGAAAACCGAAAAUAUAGAAAUCAAUUCAGCAGAUUUUUCGGAAUGGCUCCGGAGCUGUAAAAGAGUGUUACAAUCAAUGCAAAAACAAAAACAAAGUCACUAAUUUAGGGCUUUUUUUUAGAAAGUUAUCUGGAUUUCGCAACGCUUCUUUUUAAGUGCUAGCUUGGAACAAGAAACCUUUCAGAAAAUUAUGAAAUUUUUUGCCUCACGGACUGUGUAAAACUACCUUGAAUAUUGCAAGAUUCUGUGAUAAUAUCAUUUUCAGACGUCGUGAUAGCAAUGUCGCGAUAUCCGGUGGAGUUUCGCCUCAACUGGGCCCGUCGGCCAAAAAAUUGAACCGGAUGAAACGUACAAAUCUCCUGCGAUGGAGCAGCGGCUACCUGUAACUUGUUCUUCUCUUUCUCUCUACAUCUUCUCGGUUGACACGUCUUAGAAUCUUUAUUUUGAUUUUACGGGUAGCUUGUCAAACUUAAUUUCUUUCUCUGUAUCUAUAUUUUUUCAUUAAGUUUUCCUAAAGAAAAACAACAAAUUUUUUCAAGUUUUCUUUGUUUUUUAAUUAUUUUCGGUAUAGUCGGUAUUGCAUGUUGAUUUGUGUUAUUUCUUCUGUAGUGUAUAUAAUCAGCAUAAAAUCUCAAGCUCUAAUUAGAUCUAAAGCCUCCAACCAAUUAUUCAAAAUCUGCACUCUAUUGCCUUACAAAUUUUACAACAUUGCUCAAUCAUAAAACGCCGUGUUACAUAUUUUUCACCCUCCCUGUUUUAUAACUGGCUCAGCCGCGCAUAAUUUAUUGUGAUAUUGCCCGUUUCGUGUGUAUUUGCUACAAAUCGAUUAUCAUCAUCAUUUCAUCUUCGAGACUGAACGUGUGUCAUGGAAAAUACUUAAUAGGCCUUAUACGCUUUCUUUUUUGUAAAUUUUUUCUGUUAUUGCAUAAAUUUUUUCCUUUCCGAUGUUUUGUUCCAAGAAGGUUAAUGUUUUUGGAGACGUUCAGAAACAAAAUGCGAAUUCUCUUGCGAGAAAAAGAGAAAACAGUGCUGCUUCCCUCCCAGAAAGACGUUAUUUGUCCGUCGCCUUGUUUGUUCACAGCACGUGCCUUGCUGCAACGCUAGAAAUUGUACUACUCACCCAAGUUCUUUCAUUCAUUUGACAAUUAACCCAAAAUGAAUGUUUUGCAGGCUUUUUAUGGCUUCAUUUCCGGGGAAUCUCGGUGGUCGUCAUGUUGAAUGGUGUCCGGACGGCGGAGGUUAGCUUUUUCUUCCUUAACUGUCAAGUUUUUUUUCUGAAUAUUAUAACUCAAAGUUUUAUCAACUUGUAUACAAACGUAUGAUGUUUGAAUUUUGCCUUCACCAUAAUUUCUUCACAUUCAAAGAUCUAACUUUACAGAAUUUAAUGAUUUAUUUUGAUUUGAUUCAUAUCAAACCGAGAUCAGAACUUCCUUGACUUUGACCAGCUUAUGAACUGGUUACCUAAGAACGCAGUACCAAAAAAUGAAUAAUUAAAGUUUGAUGGGGUCCCAAUGAGGCCCCGUUUCCAUGACCAUUUAUUUUUUUUCUCUUAAUUUACUUGCAUUGCGAUUUUUCUAAUAGAGUUCUUGAGAUUUUUGCCGGCCAGAAACAAUUUGAAAAAUUUUAAUAAUCAGCCUCUUUUAUUAAAUUUAGGUUAUCAUGCUUACUGCCCCCAGCCGACAGAUCCGGAUGAUUACACCAACUGUUGUACGUACUUCUACUUGCUGAGUUCAAAACCUUCUUGCUGUCGAUAUCCAAUACAUUCCGGCUUACUGAUCACCUGUUCUUUAGCUGCAAUAUUUUUAUUCCUACGUAAGACAUUUCGAAAGAAUCCGAAAACCUUGAAUUUUUCAGUUCUGCUGUUUUUAUAUUGUUGGUUCUGGCCACGAAGUUGGAUGA